AAGAAGAGUGCUUUGAGUUCUUUUCGUUGUUGUCAUUGUGGCGGAAUACAAACACAGAAGCAUGGCCUCCUCCCAAGCAUUUGACGCAAGUGGACACGAAGGAAACAAGAAGGUAGCGUGUCCAUUUCACGGUUGUAAACGCGUGUACACGGAUGUGAGCGCUUUGGAGAGUCAUGUGAGGGAUCACGCCAUCCCAGCUCAGUCUCUUCCCGGAAAAGUCUUCCACUGCUCCAGUGUGGGCUGCAGCUGCUCCUUCCCAAACAUGCAGAAAUUGGUGGAACAUAUGAGACGUCAUCAUAAACCCAACAUGUUCUUCUUGUGUGAAAAUUGCCGCACGAAGUUGCGAUCGUACCGUGGCCUCCUGACUCACCUUCACACGUGUUCCAAAGUUCCACGGGGGAAAGUCAAGUCAACAGAACAGACACUUUUUCAACCAAUUGGUGUGACAACCCCAAACACGACUCCCCUGGCUGCUAAUCUUAACCCCCCUCAGAUGGAUGUUGUGUCCACGUCACACCAACUGACCUCUAAGCUUGAGGGUUCAUAAAUAUGACUGUCCAUCACCACCACUUUCACACUUUUAUUUUUUUUUGAACUAAGAGACCUCUGGGGUCUGCAGUCUGGGAGAAGAACCAAGGUGAACCUCUUAUCCCACUAAAUCAAGCCAGUGUGUCAAUGUUGAGCUGUAGUUCCUUUAUGUGCAAGUGUAACAUUGAAUAAAUCCACACGUCCUUAGCAACUAUUUUUAUAAUGUGGGAACUAGACUUUACACCGAUCUGAUUGGCUUGAUCGGUAUCGACCGGUAAUUAGCAUUUUACAAUGAUCGGCUUUGUCAUAAUUUGUCGAUCCGGCUCCGCAAAAAACAUUUACUCCACAUCGUCGUUGUAUACAGUGUAUUUUAAUCCAAAAGCUAGUUUAUUUUUCGCUGUGUUGUGUUUUUUUUGACAUAGUACUGUUAAUAUCUGACUGCCAAUAAAGUUGAAAAAAAAUAAAAAUAAACAUGGCGGCGGUGUAGGCAGACAACACGUAAUGCCUGGAUCAGACUACAAGACAAAUUUGCUCUCACGAUUGCACUAUGUCAGACUACUUUAAUAAAAUGUUAUUCCGAUACCACC